GUACAUGCACCUCAACAUCAUAAAUCAUAUCCACCAAUCCCUACCAGACAAACCACUUCCUCCUCUCAAUUUCCUACUUUUCCUCCUAGCCAAACACCAAUUAUUUUCCUGCACUUUCCCACGCUUUCUCCUUCUUCUCAAUUAACCCCCUUAAUUUUCUGUACUUUCUUUAAUUUUCCAGGAAAAUUCCUUUUCUUCAGUUCAUCCAUAUAAACAUUUUUUUCAACCAAAAAAAAUGUUUCUUGGAUCUUGCAGAAUUUUCCUGGAAAAUUCCUUUUCCUUGUCCUCAUUCUCCUCCUCCUUCUUUGUUAUAUAAAUUUAAUAAAAUAAUCUUUAAUUAUUUUUUUCAGAAAGAAUUAUGAAUAACAAUGGAGCAAGACAUAUUCUUUUUGGGAAAUAUGAGAUGGGGAGAUUAUUAGGUCAAGGUACCUUUGCAAAGGUGUAUAAAGGGAGAAAUCUUGCAACCCAAGAAAAUGUUGCAAUUAAAGUUGUGAAUAAAGAUCAAGUCAAGAAACAAGGUUUAAUGGAGCAAUUAAAGAGAGAAAUUUCUGUUAUGCAUAAUCUUGUCAAGCAUCCAAAUAUUGUGGAGUUAAAAGAAGUUUUGGCUACAAAAUUAAAAGUUUUCUUCAUUAUGGAAUAUGUAAAAGGUGGUGAAUUAUUUGCCAAGGUCAAGAAAGGAAAAUUGAAAGAAGAUAUAGCAAGAAAGUAUUUUCAACAAUUGAUUAGUGCUGUUGAUUAUUGCCAUAGCCGCGGAGUUUCUCAUCGCGAUUUAAAGCCGGAGAAUCUAUUAUUAGACGAGAAUGGAGAUUUAAAAGUUUCGGAUUUCGGGUUAUCGGCCUUGCCGGAGCAGAAUUUGAAUGAUGGAUUGUUGCAUACUCAAUGUGGGACCCCUGCUUAUGUGGCUCCUGAAAUCCUGAGGAAAAAAGGUUAUGAUGGUGCUAAAGCUGAUAUUUGGUCCUGUGGUGUUGUUCUGUUUGUUCUGCUUGCUGGGUAUUUACCAUUUCAGAAUGAGAAUUUAAUGAAAAUGUAUUUGAAAAUUUUCAAAGCGGAUUACGAGAUUCCGCCCUGGAUUUCAAAGGAUUCGAGAAUUUUAAUCUCCAAGCUCCUUGUUGUCGAUCCUGAGAAGAGAAUUUCAAUUCCGAACAUAAUGGAAAACCGUUGGUUUCGGAAAGGUCGUCAGGAAAAUAGUAUUACAGAAGAGAGAAAAUUGGUAUCAGAAACUAAAAACAAUAAUCAGAAUUCUCCACCAUUCUACAAUGCUUUUGAGUUCAUUUCAGGAAUGUCAUCAGGAUUUGAUUUGUCAAGCUUAUUCGAGACCAAGAAAAGAUCAAGCUCUAUGUUCACUUCAAAAUCCCCUGCUCCUGAAAUCCUGACGAAGUUGGAAUCCGCAGCGAACGAGUUGAAUUUGAUUCGAGUAGCGAGUGACUCGGAAUUUAAGGUGAAGUUGCAAAGGAAAGUACAAGGAAGAAAGGGGAAAUUGGCUGUUAUGGCGGAGGUUUACGAGGUGGCACCGCAGGUGGCGGUGGUUCAGUUUUCGAAGUCUGCCGGAGACAGCCUUGAGUACAGUAAGUUUUGUGAAGAGGGUUUUAAGCCUGCGCUCAAAGACAUAGUUUGGAGUUGGCAAGGGGAAACUAAUACAUUCAAUAAUUAGAUGAUUAAGGAGAAAUAAAUUUAGAUUAAUUAUUAGUUAAUUAGUAGCAAAACUAUAAAAUUAUAUUGGCUAGGCUUGUUUGUUAAUUAUUUGGAUUGGGAUCCGAAUCCUAAUUAUUAUUUUUAUGUUCUGUUGAGGUUAUAGGCAUUAGGUUGGGAUGUUUUGUGUUGUUAAUUCUUGAUUUAGUAUAAAUGGGGGAUUUAUUAGGGAGAAUUAGUUAUUAGGGAUUUCUUAAGUUAGUUUCAUCUUGUUUUUCUG